AUGAAUUCAUUACUACUACUUACAUGGUUCAUAAUAGCCUAUAUAAUUGUCGGUGCAUCCAGUGAUAGUUUUUACUUUUCUGUCAGUCCAAAUGACCAAGAUGUUGAAGAAGGGCAACCAUUACGUUUGAGAUGUGCUGUAACUCCAUCAAAAGAUAUUUAUUACUCAUGGUUACAUAAUGGUACACGUUUGCAAUUAGAAAAAGAGAGUGGUCGACGUUACCUUGAAGUGGAUAGUAAUUUACAGAUUUUACAUGCUGAUCGUGAAUUAGAUCCUGGUACCUAUCAAUGUCAAGCGUUGAACCGUUCUUCAACUUUCACGACAGCUAGUAGAGAAGCAAAAGUAAACAUUUACUGGAUGGAUCCAGAUGUUCAUGUAUCUUUAAUUAAACCAUUACGUUAUGAAGACAUUCGUUUAGGUGAAGAAGUUGAAUUAACAUGCAACGUUAAAGCAAAUCCACCAUUAAGUCCAGCAAAUAUUAAGUGGUUUCACAAUGGGAAUGCGCGUUUACCAAAUACAGAAUUUCGAAGUAAUGGAAAUUUACGUAUAGCAGUUUUUGGUAUUGAACAUACAGGAAGUUAUCAUUGUCGUGUUAUACAUGCAGCUGGUAAAUUAGACAGCAGGCCGCCAUUUUUAAUUCAAAUGACAAGUGACGAUCCCCCAAAAUUAAUUACUGAUUUGGUAAAUCAUGAAUUUUCGAAAUUUGUUAUGCGUGGCCGUUCCGUUGAAUUGGAAUGUCCUCAACCAGGUGUACAAAAGUCAGCAGAUACUAUAGCUCCGAUUACAGUAUGGGGAUUAAUGCCACGUUUAGGAGAGCAACAACAACCUGUAUCAACUUUAAGAGAUAUUCAAUUUGCCGAUCAAGAUACAAAAUUAGUUAUCAGUAAUUUUGAUAUACAUCAUGUGAGCUUUUACACAUGUGAAAUUAGUUGGCCUAAUUCACCAGAUCGAUAUGUUUUUCUUUUUCAAGUUGAACUAGCUGCUCUUUAUUACCCAAAGCGAUCGAAUUUUUCGCCUCGUCUAAAAAAGAAUCAACCAUAUAUUGUUCGAAUCAAUGAAGAUGCAAAUCUACGUUAUUAUUCUGAUGAAUCACCAUCUAAUUCAUUUGUUACCGAUCAGAUCUCAAAUCCAACACCAAAAAUUAUAUGGCAUAAAAAAGAUGAGCAUCAAUCAAUUCCUAUUUGGCCUCCAAUUUCAUCGUCUUCAAUGAUAGAUGAAUCAAAGUUAAAUGGUCCAAAACCUAGAAUUUAUGCUUUACGUGGACGUCAUUUAGUAAUUCAUUCUGUUACUGAAUUAGAUUCUGGAUCAUAUGAAAUGAUUUUAACGAAUACCGCUGGUCGUGCAUCUAUUGUAUUUGAUAUUUUAGUUAAUUUUCCACCUGAAUUCUACCAACCAUUAACUCAUGAAGAACAUGCCUUAGAUGAAGACAGUUCCAUUACACUAGAUUGUGGUAUUAAAAAGCGUUCAAUUCCAGGAAGUAUUGUCUAUUGGGAAAAAGAUCAACGUGUUUUAGAAAAAUACACCAAUAGUCUUAUGGCUUUAGAGAAUAAUGGUGAAACUUUACGAUUUCCUGAACUGAAACCCGAAGAUCAAGGUCAAUACCAAUGUUUCGUUCAAACUGAUGGAUAUAAAGAAAGGUGGUCUGGUCGUGAGCAAACCUUAAUUGUUAAAGCUAAACUGCAAUUUUUACGUGAAUUUCGUGAACAUUUUCUUGAAAUUAAUAUGCAAGGACGAAUACCAUGUAAAGCUAGAGGUUAUGGUACAGUAACUGUUGAAUGGUUUCGUAAAGUUGGUCCACAUUCUAGUGAUUUGCAAAGGAUUCACCCACCUAAUCAAGUAGAAGGUGGUACUUUAAUUAUCCAGUAUGUACAGAAACAUGAUGCCGGUGAUUAUGUAUGCAUAGCCAAGUCAACAUAUAAGAAUGCUCAAAUUAAUAUGACUGUCAGUGUUAUUGUUGGAGAAAAACCUCAAAUAUCACAAAUCAGUGCAAACCAAACAAUUCGCGUUGGUAAUCAAGUUAUACUUAAUUGUCAUGCAUCAGGUGAUCCACAUCCGCAAAUUAGUUGGAUAGUUAAAAAACCCGGUUAUAAAAUUCCAAGUGUUUAUACUCCAUUAGUUGAUAGUGAAUUACUAAUUCCCCAGUCUACUGAUUUAUCUGAUUCAAGUCGAUCAGCUGAUAAUCAUUUACAAGAACAACAAUUUUUGCAACCACCACCGUCUAGUUCAAGUUCUUCAUCAGCUUCGAUUGAUCAUAAUUUAAACAGUGCAUCUAGCGCGGAUGCUGUUGUAGCUGCAAUUUCAAGAAAUAUGCAAGCAAAUGGAGGACGUAUAACAGCUUUUUCAAAUGGUAGUUUAAUUAUUAAACAAGUGCAUUUAUCAGAUCAAGCUGAGUAUAUAUGCGUUGCUGGCAAUAAACAUGCUAUCAAAACUCGUCAAGGAGUAUUUGUCAGAGUCCUCACUCCGGAAGAAUAUACUCGACAACAACUUGGUGAAGAUGGUACAAGUACUGGUAUGAUGAAAACUAUUUUUAUAGUAGUUGGAUGUGCUGUUGCCUAUUUAGGCUUAAUUAUUGGAUUAACAACAUUCUGUAGUGUUCGUAUGGUACGUACUCGACGUAACCGAUCACGUAAAAGUGGUGGCAAGUUACAUGAAAAUGGUCAAUUACUUAAUCCUUUGAAUGAUCCUAGUAAUCCGAAUGGUGGCAAAAGAGGAUCACAAGGAAGCGGCGGGGGUGGCACUGGAACUGGUAAUAUGGAAUGUGGUUUAUUAUUAGGAGGCGGUUGCACAUCGGGGAUAAAUACAACUGCAAAUGCAUCUCUUAGUCAACUACCUCAUUAUGGUCGCCCCGUGUUGACUAGUGCAUCUGGCACACGAAGUGGAACAAAUUAUCCUGAUAGUGGUACUUUACCACAUCCUUUAAUGUGUACAGAACCUGGGUCAAAUCAAAGGCCAAACAUUUCAGUAAAUGAUACGAAAUGCUGGUGGCCUAUAAGUGACAAUGCAUAUUAUGGACAAAACGAUGCUCAGGCCAAACUACUACAGUCGGCCGGUGCCGCCGGACCAAUAGACGGAUUUGCUAAUCCUUUGACAGAUAUUGGAGAUCUUAACGGUCACUCAUAUGUACAUGGACACUCUAUGAUGAGUCCGUCAUGUAAUCUUAUGUUUUCGGCGCACAAAGGCACUAGUACGGGUGUGGCUAGCAGUACAAUUGCUACAACUACAUCUGAAUCACAUCUUGUCUCUGCACCACCACCAACUCCGCUUGAUUCACGAUCACAUUUUAGUGGAGUAUCUUCUGGUAAUUCAACUAGCUUGUACUCUCGUUCCCUUUUAAGUGGUGCUUCUAAUUUCGGAUCACCUCCCAAUCAAAUGGCUUCACAUGUCAAUAGCUUGAAUCAAUAUGAUCAGUCAAAUGCAUUACACACUAUUAGUCAAACAGAUCGUAUGAAUUAUCCACGUUGUGAACUACAAAUGGAAGGAAUACUAGGGAAAGGUGAAUUCGGCGACGUAUUCUUGGCUCGUGCUCGUCAUAUACAAGAAGGUGAAGCUCAAUCCUUAGUAUUAGUCAAAUCAUUGACUUCAUGUGAUUCAGUACAUAUUAAUGAGUUUCAUCGUCAAUUAGAAUUGUUUGGUCAGUCUGAUCAUGAUUAUGUUACACGUUUAUUAGGGGUAUGCAUGGAACAAGAACCAUUCUAUAUUUUGUUAGAAUAUUGUGAAUGGGGUGAUCUAAAACAAUUUUUACGUUGUAUGCGUGAAGAGAAUUCAGCAUCACUUAAAAUGCCACCUUUAACUUGUACACAAAAGAUGAGUAUAUGCAAGCAGUUAGCUCUUGGUAUGGAUUAUUUAGCUCAUAUGCAUUGUGUUCAUCGUGAUUUAGCAGCUAGAAAUGUACUCUUAACUCAAGGUUUAGAAGUGAAAAUAUCAAGUCUUGGCUUGGCUAGAGAUGUUUAUGCAAAUGAAUAUUAUCGUUUACCUAAUACAGAACAAUUUAUACCAUUAAGAUGGUUUGCACCAGAACUUAUUCAUGAAAUAACAACUAAUACAACAAUGAAUACAACUGCACGACAUGUAUCAUUAUGUAAUGGACAUGAAAAUAAAUCAUUGAAACAAUUAGCUAAUCCAGCUAUACCCUAUUCUACACAAUCCGAUGUUUGGGCAUUCGGUAUAUUAGUUUGUGAAGUCUUUUCAUUAGCAGCACUUCCUUUAGCUAGAUUGUCUGAUCAAGAAAUUAUUGUUGCUGGUCAACGAACAGCUAUGCUACUAAAUAACACUAGCGGUUUUACUAAAUCAAAACUUAGCACUACCGAUUCAUCACCAUUGAAACCGGAUUUAGUUGCUGAUAUACCAAGUGAAUUAGGUAAUUUAUUAAAUCGUUGUUGGUCUCCAACACCACAACAUCGACCUACAUUCAGUGAAAUUGCUAUUAUUAUACGUGAUCUUUCUGCAUCAUAA